AUGUCUCCCUUUGACCAAAAGAAAGAACUGAUCCUUCGAGAGAUUGGUGAAACCUCAGAAGCUCAACCCGAUGCAUCACCCAAAGGAACCAUAGAUGUGCUAUGUCUUCCACUCAUCAACACGAUAAAUGCUCAUCCUGACAUGGUGACCACCUCUCUGUGCCUGGGCAGAGUAUCAGUGUUUCUAGAAGGUAUUAAACAGAAUUCACAAAUCGGGGCCAAGGGAAAUGAAGGCAGAUGGCUUUUCGUAACUCAUGAGCCAAAGGAAUUGGACGACUGGCACAAGCUGAUUGAUUUUUCUUACAAUACGGAAGCUUCCAUUCAAGAGAACACUCGCUAUAUCCUUUACAAAUUCGAGCCAUUAAUUCUUCAUGUCAAAUGCAGAGACCUCAAAACUGCCAACCUUUUAUUUUCUACAGCUAUGAGUUGUGGCUUCAGAGAGACUGGCAUUGGGAGUAACAAUAUUGUUGGAAUCAGAAUUCUGAUCAAGCUAGAUGUUCCAAUUGGUCUUCUACAAGACGGAAAAUUUGUAUCGUUAGUGAGUCCAGAGUAUUUGAAAACAAUAACUGUUUUGUCUCACGAGAGAUUCAAGGAAAAUUUCAGGAAGAUGGACCAGCUCCAGUCGAGCAUUACCAACAUGGGUGUAGUGAAAGAGGAUGUGGUAGAAACUAAAGAGCAACGCCGAGAAAGAAAGAUCCGGGAGGGUAUGGAACGCAGAGAACACGUUCUUAAGGAGAAGGAGAGAAAAAGAAUCGAGAAGGCAGCCAAAGAGGCAAGCGAAACACAGAAUUAG